GUAACUACAUUAUGGAUUCAUCAACUGAAUCGUUUCAUCAUCAUAAAAAGACUUUGCAUUCAAAGCGUUCCUUUGCAAAGCACCAUUCGACAGAUUCUCCUACUUAUGACGCGUCAGAAGAAGAUAAUGACCCUCUCAGUACCGAUGACGGAGGCUCUAGUGCCAUGUCCCUUCCAACCGUCUCUCGUUCAGCUAAACCACCAUUUCAAUCAAAGGCAGCAUCUCGUGCACGUCAUCAGUUGGCCUCCAGCAUGCUCUCAGAUGAUGGCACUGAUUCCCAAACAUAUGAUGGUGAUGUAGAGAGCAGCGUCACAGCAGCAGCCGGUUCGCAUCCCUUCAAUAAGACAUCAUUACAUCCCACCCUUCAUCAUUCUUCAUCCGCUUCAACAUUGACAUCUCAAAUCGACGAUGUCCUGCCAUCUUCGAAACCUGCUGCGCUUGCACCCGAUGAACCAAUGCCUACUGCUGAAGCAAUGUCUACAUUUAACCCCGCUGCCCUCACACCCGACCAUAUUCAGGCCUUCAUACGCAAGGCAAUCGAAGGCCAACCCUCUAGGUCCUACAAGAUUAACCAACCGCCACUAAAUCGGCCUGUCAGAAUUUUUGCGGACGGAGUAUAUGAUCUAUUUCAUUUUGGUCAUGCACUGCAAUUGCGGCAAGCCAAACUGUCUUUUCCAUCUGUACAUCUACUCGUCGGUGUUAAUUCCGAUGAGGACGUCAUCGCCAAUAAAGCACGCUGUGUGAUGACACAUGCUGAGCGAUGUGAGGCUGUGAGACAUUGCCGCUGGGUUGACGAGGUCAUUCCUGGCUCCCCAUGGGUCCUCGACCAAGCUUUUCUCGACAAGUGGAAUAUCGACUACGUUGCCCACGACGAACUCCCCUACGUCUCGGAUGGUCAUGAUGAUGUCUACACAUUUGUAAAGGCACAAGGUAAAUUCAUUCCUACCCGCCGUACACCGGGUGUGUCUACUUCGGAGCUGCUCGAACGCAUUGUGUCAGGAUAUCGGAAGUGCGAUUUCGAUAAGAAGUUGGAAAACAUGGGCCAUGCUGAACUCAAAGCUGAGGGGUCAGCCUUCGAUGAGAGGCGUCAAGUCCCAAGUUGAGGCCUGCUAAUAGAUUAGUCUGAGUUGCGAGCUUGCCCAAGUUCAGCCUAUAUAUACUUACAGACUUUGAACACCAUAUAAUGUACAUUGCAUCAUUGUGUGUCAUUCAACUUCUAAUUUUAAACUCUACAUGUAUCCCAACUCGCUU